ACGCAGUUUCCUAUACCCUUUUGUCGUAGCCCACCCGUUCAUUGCAAGACUGUAAAAUACGGGGCUUGGAUUACAAGUGUCGUCCUUCACAGAAACAUGUCUAUUUGUCAUAGAGACUGGUACAUUCUGUUAAGCAGAAAUUUCUAGUCAGAUCUUACUCUCAGUGCCUACCUACGCCUUGUCAUGUUUAUGGCACGACAUGUACGAUAGGUAUGUUAUUAAUAACCUAAUAACUUAAUAACACACAGGACGUGACAAAUCGCUGUGGGAUACUCAGACCAUACAGGUAAACAACGAGACAUAUUUCAUCGCAUGCUAUUCGGAUGCGCUCUUGCAUAAAUGAGAGUGCAAAACAAAUACACGAGGCCAACAUGUAGAGAACGAGACCAGUCAAGCGGAUUAUUCUGAGCCGGAGAUAAUCUGUGUAGAUCGAGGCUAGCAGUAAUAAGGGUGCUGGGACCGAGCUGGCGAGUCGCACUGAAGUCGGACUACCUCUCGGUAUUCGUAGUCAGUUGGAGAUUUACCUGGCGGCAAACAUCCAACGACGUACCUGGCAGUUGACAAAUGUUAUUGUGGCACCUGUAAUCAGCUGUGAUAUUUAUGGAAUAAUCUGUGUACACCAACACCAUGGCUAAAACAUCGGCCGGCAGAUUAAUGUCUGAAUGGUACGACGUUACACUGAAGAAGGAAGCGAUACCUCAUCGAAACAGCGUCGUGAUCACCGUCACUCAGGGCGCUGCAGCUGCGUUUGGGAUAGACGAUGACGAUGACAAGUACUCGGUGUCGGAGAUGUCGGUGGGGGCGACGAAGAAUGAGAAACAGGGCAAGAAUCCCCGAGAAGCGUUCGGAAAACCUGGCCUCAAGAAUAACCAUCUGGGACUGGAACGCAUGAAAUCCGUGGUGGCAGAGACCCACAUCACCGACACGGAGUCGUCCAGCACGGAGAACUGCAAGCCCGAGCAUGAUGACUCCACUCCAGCACAGGCGGUCAACUCAGGUCACCAGGAAGAGGGCUCCCACGGGGAGGGGGCCUCAAGUAAGACACGUAGAGGCAAGGAGGACGAGUCUACCAUCACCGAAGUGGAUGACAUGGACAAUCUGACAGGUCCUUCAAGUUUCGCGCUGUUUGCUCAAACCAAGUUCCAGCUCCGUACGACGCAUGUCUACAGCUGUGCCGCUCUACAGGGCUCCUUACUGCCCAAACACGACAGAGCUGAUACACUGGCGUCUCUGGCCUCGUGGGUGACCAUCCUCCGGGUCAUGGGGGAUCUCCCCGAGAGUUCGGGACAGUUCCUUUCCGUCAUUGGGGAGGAACCAUCAAUCAUAGCCAAGGUCAAGGCUGGAUUCAAGCGGAAAUACUCGAAGAAAGACCUGGAUGAGGUUCAGAAAAAUAUUCGGAAUAUACAACGGUGCAUUUUGCAGUUCAAAGACCCCGUGAGUGCCGAGGUGUCAGACAUCCCGUUCUUACCCAGCGGCAAGGAGACGAUGCUGGAGAAGAUACAGUACCUGUGUGCCUUGGGUAUAUACAGGACAGACCUCAGGGACGAGUUAUACUGUCAGUUUUUUGCUCCGUGUUUCCGAUGUUUCCUGAAGGAAGGUCCGACAGAGUUCACCCAGAAGGUGGAGAAACUCAACCGUAGAACCAGCAUCGCCGGGACCCGUGGGUUCCCUCCCAGCUGGCUGGAGUUCCAGGCUGCCAAGAACUCCAAACCCAUCCUCCUUCCUAUCACCUUCAUGAACGGCCAACGCCUCCUCAUUGAGGCUGAUGCAGCUACAACGGUGCGGGAGCUAAGCAACAACCUUGCAGAGACGCUGGACUUCAAAGACAACGAAGGGUUUUCAAUCUACGUGUGUCUCCACCAGAAGAUCUCUUGUCUUGGCCACGGACUUCAUCGAAUAAUGGAUGCUGUGUCGGAAUGUGAACAACACACCAAGACAAUGGGCAUGCGCGAGAGUAGCUCCCUCUGGCGGCUGUAUUACCGGAAGGAGUACUUCACACCUUGGCACGACGCUAAGGAGGACCCCGCCUCCACCGACAUCAUCCACCAGCAAGUGAUGCGGGGAAUCUCACUCGGCGAGUACCAAUGUCAGAAGGAAGAAGUGUUCGUCUUGCUGGGAGCACAGAAAUACUACCUUGAACACUCAGAAGUGACGGAUCCGAAGAAUUUGGAUCACCUCUGUCGGAACUGGUUCCCUGAGUCCUGGAAGGCGGAUAAAGGGGUUCCUUACUUUGUGCAGAAGGUGGAGGAAGCCAUCAAGAACAACUUCGGAAGCAAGAAGCCGCCUCACGCCCAAAUCAAGGCGGACAUUGUGACGUUCGCCAUUGACAAGUGGUCUCUGAUGUUCUCUCGCUACUACGACGCCAGCAAGGUGACCGGCCCCGGAGUGAACUCCGUCAACAUCGUGGUGGGUCUGAGCGGGAAGGGCAUGUAUGUGCUGGACAAUGGAGACUCGAUUCGUGUACAGCUGGCGUUUUAUGAGAUGGCCAAGGUGGUCAAACACAGACACACAGUGAACAUCACGACUGUGAGAGAUGAGGAAUACACUAUAGUGUCUAAUCACUCUGACGACUUCCAUCUCCUCCUGGCGACAUUCAUAGACGGGCUUCAGCUGCGCUCCAAACACGCAGUAGUCACCGACAACCAUCAAGAUUUGAAGAAGGGAGACCUUAUCACGUUGGACAAGGCAGUCCGAGAAUAUGAUAAGUCUGACCACUUCCGGGGCCUUUGUCAGAGAACGGGCAAGAAGUGUGAGAUACCACGUGAUCUAGUCUUCGUUCUCAGCACCGUGGAUGAACCCCCUCCGAUUUUUGGGGCAGUCAUGUGCUCUUCACGACAAUAUAUCUGUUUGUUUCAGGCAAUGCUUUCAGUGCAAUUAGAGAAAGAUACUCAGAUAUUCAAGAACCACGAAGACGGCCGGCCUCAUACACUCCAGAAAUACUCACGAUAUCAUUUUAGACAACCAAACGAAAAUGCCGUGACGAAGAUGUUUAACAAGACGUCUUUAAAACGUGGGAAGGGGAAGAGCGAGCUGAUGUGGCAGUUCAGUAAGGACCCGAUCAAGAAGCCUCUUCUGAGAAAGUCCUUGAACCGAGAUGACACCCGCCUGAUGGCUUGUCGGACCUUCACUGCAAUCCAGCAGUUCAUGGGUGACGCCCAUCUGAAGGACAGCGUGACGGACAUUGAGCUGGCUAAUCGCUGGAUCGUGGAGCCAGCCAGUAGAAGUAGAUAUUUACGCGAUGAAGUCUUCUGUCAAGUUAUCAAGCAACUGACCAACAACUCAAACAAAUCAAGUGAGGAACGUGGGUGGUUGUUGAUGCUGAUGCUGGCUACGACGGCCAUCCCGGGGGAGGGGUUGUAUGACGAGGCGCAGAAGUUUGUACGGUCAAGCUCUCUUCCUAUUGCCAAGCUGUGUAGUGAGAGGCUGGAUAGAGCUAAGACGCGCGGAUGUCGAUUGUGGCCGCCCCACCCAGCUGAGCACGACAUGUUGUCUAGGAAACUGCCCACUGUCCGAGUGAAGGUGUACAUCCCAGACAACACCUGUCAGACUUUCGAUGUGACGUCAGUGACGAGAAUCAUCGACAUAAAGCGAGAGGUGUGCACGAGACUUGGCCUCAAGACGUGGGAAGAAUACAGCCUGUUCAUGAGCUUCCAGGACAGCGUGCACUCUUUACAACCAAACGAGUAUUACUUUGACGCCCUGUCCCACGCCGAGAUGUACUGGGUGUCUCAGAAAGCCGCCAUCAGAGCAAGACUGUCCGGUCCGCUGACCCCGGUCCUGGUGAUGUUGAAGAAGGUGUGGGUCAACAUAGACCCUGGACACGACACUGUGGCAGAUGUGUCUUUUCACUUCCCGCAGGAGCUUCCAAACUUCAUCCGUGGGUACCACCAGACAGCCGAUGCCGUCACGGCCCGACUGGCCUCUCUCGUGUACAGGGCCAAAUACGGCAAUGAAGCCAAACCGCUCAAAGAAAACUUCAGUGACGUCAGCAAGAGUAUUGCACCAAAGAAGCUGUUGCAGACGCAGUCCCCAGAAUACUGGUCUAAGACAAUUACCGAGUACUACGGGGAGGGCAAGGAUCUGAGCCAGGAUCAGGCCAAGGUUUCCUUUCUCAAGGUCAUCAGCCAGCACACGACGUACGGAUCCAUAUUCUUUGAGGUCAAGCAACGGACACAGAAAGACCUUCCCAAGAACCUGCUGGUGGCCAUCAACAUGACAGGCCUGCAUCUCAUUGACUCUAGUUCCAGGAAACUGUUGAGGACACUGGAGUUUUCACAGAUCCCCAACUGGGCGUUCGAUGAAGACUCAAUCACAUUGAUGUUGAUUGAUGGCACGAAGACAACCAAGAUGCUGCUGGAAACAAGCGUGGGUCACAACAUGGACGACAUCCUCAUGGCCUACAUCAGCUGGGUGAUGAACACACAGAUGAGGAAGAGACAUGGCUUUGCUGGCUCCCCAACUGGAGAAAGCAGCUGUUAAAGUCGUCCACAGCUUCAUGUAGCCGUUAAUGUCGUCCACAGCUUCCAAGGACCUACAGCUGAAGGGAUCACAUGAUCCGACAAGCUGUACAGACUGACGUUGAAAGUGCUUCCAGACAUACCAGAGUGUAUUGCCGACUUAAUGGCUUGCCAACACACUACAAGCGCGAUGUCCACGCAUGUGAGCAGGAUUCCAAGCGUGGAUACAAUACUUACAUCGUCCGAUUGAAAGUUUUGUUACGUUGUGAAGCAAAUACUCAUUCAUCCAUAGGCUGAAGGUUUCAUAUGCAAAAAAACACGUCACAUGCGCUGGUAUAAAGCACACACAUGCAUGUCUGACUUGACCCCCAUAUCCAACUGGACUAACACAUUCGUCUACACUCGCCCCUUUCCAUAACCUC